AUGCCAAUAUUUACACAAACAAAAUAUUAUGUAAAGAUACCUGAACACUUUCCUGAGAAUUCGUUAGUCACAGAGGUGAAAGCUCACGAUCUAGACAGUGGUGAAUACGGUGAAUUAAUCUAUCAACUCGGUGAUGUGUCAACAAAAUCGCACAGUUUAAAAGAUGCCUCGAAUAUUAAGAAGAAUAUUAUAAUGCCUACAAUCCAGGAUAAACAACCCUUUCACAUUGAACAAUCUACAGGAGUCAUUAAAGUAUUACAUAAUAAUCUAUUAGAUCGUGAACAGACUGAAUUUUUGCACCUACCAAUUGUAGCCAAGGAUAAAGGAGGUCUAACAGCAACUGCACAGUUAAUUGUCGAAUUAAUCGAUAUCAAUGAUAAUCCGCCUAAGCUGAUUAGUUCCACUGAGAUAAAAGUUGAAGAAAAUCAAAAAAUCAAUACUAUUAUUGAUUCGAUCCAUAUAAUUGAUUUAGAUAAAGGUAAAAAUUCACGUAUCCACUUAAUGCUAACACCUGAUGCUGCUGAUGAUGAUGGUGAUGUUGACGGGAAUAAGCUUAGCAAUAAAGAAAUAACGAAAUAUGUUAAGUUGAUACCAGAUUCACGGUUUAAUUAUUCUGCGUCAACAUCGAAUGAAUUGAUCAGUGAUGGUGAGAUGAGAGCUCUGUUGAUUAGUCGAAUGCCUUUCGAUCGAGAGACAACAGCCAGUGUCUUUUAUGAAAUUGUCUGCUAUGAUGAAGGUCAACCAAUAGUGCAUAGUGUAACGCAUACAAUCACUAUACACGUGAUGGAUCAGAACGAUAAUCCACCGGUGUGUACAUAUCCUAUUUAUAACAGUCUGCUUGGAUAUCAUCAGUCUCAUCCUCAUCAGCCUCAUGAGCAGCCAAUGAUUCACACUAAUACACCUUUGCAUACUUUAGUCACACAGAUUCGAGGAUAUGAUCCUGAUCAAGGCUUGAAUGGGACUAUCACCUACCAUCUGGAUAAAUCUACGAAUGGUAGUCAGUAUUUCUAUGUGAAUCAGACAACAGGUGAACUGUUUACAAAUUGGUCGCCAAAUUUCAAUCUCCGCCAUGCCAAGAUUCAAACAAAAAACCCUAAGCACAUUGAUGAACCUGUUGUAGGCGUUUAUCAAAUCAGAAUAUUACUCAGAGAUAUGGGUACACCGACCUUGUCGAAAGAGACACAAUUCUAUGUGAAAAUCAAUCCAUUCAAUCCUAGUUUGAGUAAAUGGAAUCCAAUUGAGGCAUUGGACACUACUCAUCCAGCAAUCGGAUCAGUGCCUAUGAAUUCAAAGCUGCAAAAAAUAUGGCUCAAUAAUCGUUUCAUAUUGAUUUUAUUGAUUAUAUUUAUUAUCAUUCUUAUUAUUACAAUCUUUGGUAUAGUAUUCUGGGUUAGAUCACAUCGUAAACAGAAAGUGUGUCGAUCAGUUAAAACAAUCAUGUCCGAUCAGAAUGUGGGCAAUCCAGUGAUCAUGCCAGGCACAACAGUGACAACACCACCAUCAAUAACACUUAGGAAUGGGGGUCAUAGGCAUAAUGAAACGCUGCCUAUUUUAGCCUACGAUGGAGUAGCAGAUAAGUCACCGAUUAUCAGCCAUCAACCUUCACAUUUACUCAGCGCAUGCAAUGAAAGUGAACAAAAGUUUGAUGGUGAUGUCAAUACAACAAAUCUGGUGAAUACAUCCCACGUUGAAACAUUCAAUCAGUUCAAUUCACAAUGGCCGGAUACAAGUAAUGUCGACCAGUAUACAGAGAGAAAUGUUAAACAUAUCGAUCGACAGAGCACAUACUCACAUUUUUCGCUGAACAGUGAUCAUAAUAAUAAUAAUAAUAAUAUUAGUAGUAACAAGAAUAAUUACAGUAUACAUCAACAGACGGGUACUUUGAAUCACCUUCACACUAAUCCAGCAUUCUCAUUUCCUUUAGCAUAUAACACCUAUAAUAGUAGUACUAUGAAUGGUGGUGGUCAUCGACAGUCUGUAGGUCAGAAGUUCAAUUCGCCAACUUAUUCAACAAAUCCUUAUUACUCAGCAUCAAAUAACACUGAACAUAAUACGCUGAAUAGCAUUGGAUACAGUAGUGAUAUUGUAGGGUAUAAUAAUAAUAAUACUAUGAAGAGAAAUACUGACAGUUAUGCAAACUCUCCACAGCAGAAGCAGGUUCAGCAGUCACUGGCUUAUUCUGAACACUACUAUCCACACAUGCCAAUAAUACCUGACCGUGGUUAUUACGAUCAAAGUCAAAAUCAAAAUGAAAAUAUGAAAUUCUGGUGAAUUAUUCCUGUGCCCCUUGCUGUGAUCUGCUUAAAUCAUCAAUCAUAAAACCAUACACACAAUUCUCUACAAAAUAAAUUAUUAUUUUAUUCCACUUUAAACUUGAACUUGAACUCGAAUCAUUGUCUACCUCCUCCUCCUCCUCCACUACAGCCACCAGCAGUCUUGAAGGUUGUUCAACACACGUGUAAAUCCCUUCUCUUUUUUAUCACAGACUUCAAUUUUUCACCCUUUAUCCCUUUGUAUGUGUAUACAAAUUUCUGAAACAUGGAUGCUUCACAGCUUUCUUUAGGAAGAAUAUUUUUCUCCUGUUGCUGCUCUUGAUGUUGUUGACGCUGUUUUUCUUCAACCCUUUCUCCCCCAUUUUCUUAGUCACCUUAUCAGCCUACCUUAGAUGACACACUAUAGAUACGCCUACUUGAUGCACAAUGAAAUACAGUUAAGAAACUCACUGUGCUCCAAAUGCGUCAAUAUUUGUGCAUGUCUUUGCUUCUGUUUGUUUUCUUUUGUGCUGUGCUGUCGCACUAUUUUUCGCCUUCUACAUGAUCUCCUGUGAAGCAAAGAAAACAGUUUUUCAUUUCUGAUGAUAAUGGUGAUGAUGAGGAUGAUGAUGGUGAUGUAUAUUAUGCAAUGUGAAUAUCUGUGCAAUGGAAAGAUGUUGUCCCAUGAAAAUGGCUAAUAUACACACAGAGG